UUAGUACUAUUCAAAGUGCAUAUGUUUCAAGUUCUUCUUAGCAAUUAGUGAUUAUUUUUGAGACUAUAAAUCACAGUUACAUAGAAUAUUUAGAUAUUUAUAGUAACAAUAAAUACUAACAGAAAAACGGGGAAUCCCGGUGUCGGAAAUUUGUGCUUAGUUCGGUGCUUCACAUAAGAGACGUUGGUUUUGUUUACAAUUUUAAAAAGAUAUUUCUCAUAGAUUGGUGGCGUUAGUUUGACAAACCAUGGUUUUCUGUACAAUUUAAAGAAAGUGUUUCGUGUGUGAAAAUUGGUGGUGUUAGAUACUUAAUUCCGCAAAACUAAGUAGAAUUGCGUUGUAAUCGAGGAUCUGUGAUGAAGUUUUUUACUAGUGCGAUUUUGUUCUUUGAACUCGUCUUAUCAUGGCGAGUAAUACACGAAGUCGAAGGAUUACCAGAUACUUUUAGAGCCGCCUGCACAGUACCGGAUGGAAGCUCUGGCGUUUGCCUACCAUAUACACAAUGUUCAUCAUUUCAAGAAUGGAAGGGCAAGAAUAGAGGUUCACCGAGAUUUUUGGCACAUUUGAGAGAGUUGCAUAGUAUCUGCGGUAAUAAAGAUAUUGAACGUGUGGCUGUGAUUUGCUGUUCUCGUCCUGGUAACGAUGCAUCCCAAACAUCUACGAGUAGUGCAACGCGGUCUGGUCCAUCUGCAGGGAAUAGGUUGAAUACUUCAACUCCAUUGAAUCCAGUUUUAACAAAGUCAGCUAAGGAGGUAGUUGGUGGCUGUACGGAUACCGAUUCAUGUACAAUCGGAGGAGUACAGGAUAAUACAAGAAUUGACUGCAUUGCACCAGAUGGAAUCUCUGGCAUUUGCUUGCCAGAUAAACAAUGUUUGUCCUUCGUUCAAUGGGCCAGCAAGAAUAAAGGUUCAGCGAAGUUUACGACAUAUUCAAGGAAAUCCCAUAUUAUCUGUGGCAAUAUGUACAUAGACAACCAACCUGUGAUUUGCUGUCCUGAUUCAAACAACGACGCAUCGCAUUCUGCAAAGCAACUCGGUUCGUUUUCCAUUACGAAAUUGGACACUUCAAUCCCACUAAGUCCGGCUAUCUCAAAAUCAGCUAAAGAAGUAACUGGAAUAGUUAAAGAAGUAGAAGCUACUUCCAGAGUUGACUGCGUUGGACCCAAUGGAAGUUCUGGAAUUUGUCUACCGUAUAAGCAAUGUUCCCCUUUUAUUGAUUGGGUUGUCAAAAAUAAAAAUUCACCGAGAUUUAUGGCAAACUUGAGGGAACUACAUACUAUUUGCAAUGAGAACAAGAUCGACGGCCAAUCUGUGAUUUGCUGUUUUGGCCCAAAUAAUGAUCCGUGGCCAACUAGUAUAUUUGGUGUCUCAAAUUCUGGUGCAUCUCCAAGAAAGGAUUCGGAUACGGAAUCACAUUCUGCAACACAGCAUGGUGCAUCUCCAAAAAAAGAUUCAGAUACGCCACCAUCCAGUACAUUUGAUGAUUCAAAUUCGGAUUCGGAUGCCCCCAUUCAACUGAGCCCAGUUAUUCCAAAAUCAGCUAAAGAGAUAGUUGGUACAAAUAAAGGAGCAGAAAAUACUUCAAGAAUUGACUGCAUUGCACCAGAUGGAGGCUCUGGAGUUUGUCUACCGUCUAAACGGUGUCCGUCCUUUCUGCAAUGGACUAUUAAGAAUGUAGAUUCACCGGGAUUUGUGGCACAUUUCGUAGAAUUACGUACUAUUUGUGGCAAUAAAACUGUUGGAGGACAAACUGUGAUUUGUUGUUCUGGCCCUUAUAACGGCGCAUCACAACCAUCUAGUAAACUUCUUGCUUCAAAUUCUGCACCGCCGUCGGAUCCAUCUUCAGGGAAUAGGUUGAAUAUUUCAGAUCCACUGAGUGCAAUUAUCCAAGAACCUGCCGAAGAGCUAGUUGGUACAAAAAAUCACUGCAUUACCCCUAAGGGUGACAACGGUACUUGUGUUCCACUACGAGAAUGUCCGCAUCUGAUUCGUUUUUAUUUGGGAUUAGAAGAUUCACCAGCAGCAGUUUCGUAUUUAACACAAUCUCGAGCGAAUUGUCGGAACAAGCGAAUUGGUGAUGAACCCCUAGUCUGCUGUACACAAACCUUUGGUGAAAUUCCCGGUACUCGUUCAAUUUUCGGAAAUAUUAACCAAGGAUCAGCUCCUUCUGAAACUGAACAACCGCGACCAGAAGAGAUACCAACCACAACAACCCCUACAUCGACUACAACAGUUCCAACAUUAACAACUCCAGUUUCAACAGUGACUUCUUCAGAAACAAUGGAAGAGGAAAUUAAGGACUGCAUGGUUCCAGAUGGUUGGUUCGGUUCGUGCAAAGCCUUGAGCGAUUGUUCUGAAUAUGUCGCCCAUCUGCAAUCUAAUCCGGGAGAUGUAUCUUUUGCUGCCUUAUUGCGGGAGUCCAAUCGUCGCUGCAAGGCGAAACCACCGAUUAUAUGUUGUCCUGAUGGAGAAGGGGCUUUUCCUCCACCGGACACCCUGGCUGAUCUAGUUGAUGAGGCAACACCAAUACCCGAAACUCCAGAAAGAAGUUGUGGUCUAGCGAAAGAAGGUGAACAGAAAAUUUUAGGAGAUGUCCAAGUGGGUCAUUGGCCCUGGCUGGCAUUACUCGGAUACGACAGUCCCAGCGACACUGAAUUUCUUUGCGGUGGUACUUUGGUUUCAAGGAGGCAUGUUGUAACCGCUGCUCAUUGCAUAAACGAUGACCUGCGAUCAGUCCGGUUAGGAGAACACGAUUUGAGGGAUGAUGGGGAAACUCAACACGUUGACAUACCAAUUGCUGAGAAAGUUCAACACCCUGGAUUUAAUCCUGAUACCAUUCACUUUGACGUAGCAGUUAUAUCUUUAACUUCUGAUGUUGCUUUUACAGAUACUAUUAGACCAAUCUGUAUCCCGGACAAAACCAAAUACGAUACGCGUUCACUGAUUGGAUAUAGUCCAUAUGUAGCCGGCUGGGGGAGAACACUAGAGGGCUUUGAUUCUAAAAAUGUUUUAAAUGAACUCCAAUUGGUUAUAUUUGAUAAUAACCAAUGCAAAGGACAAUUUGGUGUUGAUAAUGUUGAUGAAGGUACAAUAUGUGCUGGGUAUUUAGGCAAUAAGACGGACUUUUGCUACGGGGAUUGCGGCGGACCAUUGAUGAUGGCUGAGGAAACAACGGAGGGUACCUGGUAUUACAACUUACUGGGAAUCGCUGUGCAGGGAGUUGGCUGUGUUGGUGCCAAUAAUCCUAGUCCCUACGUUAGUGUACCGUACUAUGCAGAUUGGAUUAGAGAUAAGAUAAGUGAAGGUUGAGUUGAAUAAAUUUUAAAUAUAAUUCAUUGUAAGAGAUCUUAGUAAAACUAUUCACUACAAAA